CAUAACCUAAUAAAAACAAAAGCUUUACCAAUUUUUGCUUGAUCAUUCAACUGCUUGGUUUUGAAAAACAUUAAAUUUCAUUCUUUAGUAAAAUCCAUCAAAUUUAAUUUGAAAAAAUGAGUUCAAUUGGUACUGGGUAUGAUUUGUCUGCAUCUCAAUUCUCGCCGGACGGUCGAGUCUUUCAAAUUGAUUAUGCUGGCAAAGCCAUUGAACAAAGUGGAACGGUAAUUGGAUUGCGUGGCAAAAAUGGUGUAGUUUUAGCUGUUGAAAAGAUUGUGCGUAGCCCAUUGUACGAAGAGGACGCUGGUGCUCGUAUUUAUUCCAUUGACAAGCACAUCGGAAUCGCAUUGGCUGGUCUUUUGGCCGAUGGCAGAACUAUUGUGAAAACGGCCCGUGAAGAAGCUACAAGCUAUAGACAACAGUUCAAACGGCCAAUUCCAUUGAAAGUGCUCAAUGAUCGUCUGGCAAAUUUCAUUCAUGCCUAUACACUCUACAGUGCGGUUCGUCCGUUUGGUGUCAGCUGCAUUUUGGCAUCGAAUGAUCCACACAAUGGACCAGAAAUGUACAUGAUUGAACCAUCCGGAACAUCAUACGGUUAUUACGGUUGUGCCACUGGUAAAGCGAAACAAGCGGCCAAAACAGAAAUUGAAAAAUUGAAAUUGCAAGAUAUGGAUAUUGAACAGCUCAUCACCGAGGCCGGUAAAAUUAUUUACCAAGUGCACGAUGAGCUUAAAGAUAAAUUAUUCAAAAUGGAAUUGAGUUGGGUGUGUGAUUUAUCAAAUAAUGUCCAUCAACUGGUUCCAGCUGAAUGGUAUAACAAGGCAUAUUUGGCCGGUAUCGAAUCGAAACACGACGAUGACAGUGAUAAUGAAAUUUAAAUGCCGCAUCGUUCAUCGAACAACCAUUCAAUUUUCUUAAUGAAUUCAUAUUCUUUGUACGAUUAAACACUUUCUCUCGCUUUUUGGUGAAAAAUAUUAAUAAAAAAAAUAUUAAUAAAUUUAUAAAA